UUAUACCCCAAAUUUUAACCACUGCAGCCUCUAAAUUAUAAGUACAAUCUCCCUUAAAUUUUGUCAAAUGAAAGACUCAAUCCACAGAACAAUGUCCACAUUGUACUGCUUCACCAUCACAAUUUCUCUUCUCCUUAUCUCAACCACAUAUGCACAUGCUGCACCCCCAAAGCAAACGCAGCAGUACCUAAGCCUUGCCUACAAGUUCGUGGCUCCUCAAAAUGCUGCUCGGUCCGCUGUCCGAAUGAGGCCCCUUGUGUGGGAUGCAAAUCUCGCUAGGUAUGCACAAUGGUACGCCAACCAGAGACGAUACGAUUGCGCUUUGAGGCACUCCAACGGGCCUUACGGUGAGAACAUAUUCUGGGGUAGCGGCAAGGGGUGGAUGCCGGCUCAGGCGGUGACGGCUUGGGUUUCGGAGAGGAAGUGGUACAGUUACUGGUCUAAUUCUUGUGCCGGAGGGCAGGAAUGCGGGCAUUACACACAGAUUGUGUGGAGGAGUACAACAAGAGUUGGUUGCGCUAGAGUUGAUUGUUUUGGUGGGAGGGGUGUGUUCAUGGUUUGUAGCUAUGAUCCUCCUGGGAACUAUAUUGGAGAAAGGCCUUAUUGA